AUGCUCUGCCUUUAUCUUCUGACUCUUCUGAUGCCCAGCCAAACUCUUAUGAUGGCUUUACCCCUCCGAACCCCAGACCUGCUUAAGCAACGUCACGCUGGACCAUCUGAAGCUGACCAAGAGUUUGCAGAGGAAUAUCUACAGCAUUUCUACGGCUACCACCCCGAGUCAGCAAGACAGAAAAGGACCACUGAUACGAAUGAAGAUGAUGACAACUGGACAACUGGAUUAUGUGAUAAGAAGAUGAAGAUGAAGAAGAUGCAGCGCUUCUUUGGUUUGCCUCCAAGUGGUGAGCUCACCAAAGAGACUCUGGCAGUGAUGAAGAAGCCGCGCUGUGGUCUGUCAGAUGUGGAGCGCGUUGGAGAAACAGUUCGCUGGAAGAAGAGAAAGAUCAGCUACAGGAUAACUGGCAACAAACUCCCCAUCCCAGUUUCGAAGGUUCACAAAGUCUUCAGGGCAGCGUGGCAGCUCUGGUCCAACGUCACACCUCUGAAAUUUCACAAACGGGACAGAAGAGAGGCUGAUAUCGUCAUCUCCUUCUACUAUGGAGAUCAUAAGGACGGCUCACCUUUUGAUGGCAAAGGAGGAAUCCUGGCUCACGCCUUUGCGCCUGGGCAUGGCAUUGGUGGAGACGUGCACUUUGAUGCUAACGAAAGCUGGAGUUUCAAUUCCACUGGUAUCAACCUGUUUGCAGUGGCAAUCCAUGAAUUUGGCCAUGCACUUGGUCUGCCCCAUUCACCUGAUCCUGGAGCUAUCAUGUACCCACCAUAUAACUUCGACCCAGGUUAUGAGCCGCAGCUCUCCUUUCAAGAUGUCAAAGACAUCCAGAAACUUUAUGGAAUCAAUCCUAAUUUUACUUUGCUAGCCUCUAAAAGGCCUCCUCCGAAAACACCUGCCAAAUGUGAUCCAGAUUUGUCCUUUGAUGCUGUAACAGAACUACAACAGGAAGUCCUGUUUUUCAAAGACAGGUAUGUAAGUCAGCCCAGAACUGGACCCACAGUCAUGAUUCUCUCUGGGUGUCUGUUUGAGGCUUUCGUCCUUUUAAGAUUUAUGUGGCGCAAACAUCCUCAGUUUGAUGAAACACGAAUCACCCUGAUUAGCAGCCUUUGGUCAGACACUGUCCCCCCCAGCCUGGAUGCUGUUUAUCAGAAUGUGUGGGAGAAUGUUAUUCUGUUUUUCAAAGGGAAUAAGUACUGGGUGCUGAGGCAGCUAAACCUUGAGGAGGGUUUUCCUAGAAACCUCUCAACCCUGGGCUUCCCUUCCAGGAUAAAAUCUGUAGAUGCUGCUCUUCACUUCAGAAAUGACCGCUACACCGUGUUCUUCACUGGUGAUGAGUGCUGGAGGUACAAUGAGCAACAGAAGAUGAUGGAGGGAUCACCUGUGCUUAUCGAGCAGCAGUGGCCAGGGAUUCCAACUCCUUUAGAUGCAGCUGUCUUCUAUAAUGGAUCUGUGCACUUCUUCAAGGGAAACCUCCACUACAAAUAUGACUCUAAAUUUAAAAAUGUGCUCUCCAUCAGCCGCAUUAACGACCUGUUGGAAUGUGAAAUGGAAGAAGGCAACAAAGCAGUGACAGGAGAUAACUGA